CUACAGCUGAUUCAAUACAUUUUCAGCACUAUGGACAGUUCCAUUUUGCAGCGCGAGCAGACAGCGGGGGUAUAAAAGAUAGGAGCAGCGCUACUUAGCCUACCAACACCGCUAAGACAACUGAGGCAACAUGAGCCACCAAAUUGAGAAUCGGUCGGGUUCUCCACAAAGAGCUCAAGAUGACUAUUCCCGCUAUCAACACAAACUGACCGGAUCCCCCUCGGCGUCCAGGACCGUUAUAGGUUUUGGGUCGGCUACCGCAUUUAUGAACAGAGGAUAUGCGACGACGCCGAAGAGCGAAUUCGGAUCGGUUCCGAGAUCGGAUAUCUUUUUAGAUUUAUCAAACACGUUUACCGGGGUGUUGACGAAAAUUAAUGAGAAAGAACUGCUCCAUGGGCUGAACGGCCGUUUCACCGGGUUCAUCGAGAAGGUGCGUCAUUUGGAGCACCAAAAUGAAUUGCUCGAGAGGGAAAUCGAGGAAAUCAAACAGAAGGCACAGUCACCCGCAUCUCUGGCACAGGAGCACGAGUUGGAGCUUAUGGAUCUGAGGAAACUAGUGCAUGACAUCACCCUUCAGAAGCGUCAGAUCGUGAUAGAACAUCAGAACCUGGAGGAAGACUUCCUCACCUUGAGAGACAAAUACGACCAGGAGGCUCGUGAACGCUCGGAUGCAGAGAAAGGCAUCCUGGUGCUGAAAAAGGACGCCAACAACGCAUACCUGGCAAAACUUCAGCUGGACAAGAAAGCGCAAUCUCUGGUGGACGAGAUUCACUUCCUGAAGAAAAACCAUGAGGACGAGGUGUUGGAGAUGGUGGCCCAGAUCUACGAGUCUCAGGUGACGGUCGAGGGGCAUGCCUUUGCAAAACCCGAUAUCACUGCGGCUCUCCGGGACAUCCGUGCAGAGUUGGAAAGUCACGCCGCCUCCGACAUCCUUGAGGUCGAGGAGAGUUUCCGUGUCCAGUUCACAAAGUUGACAAAAGCGGCAGAGAGCAACAGAAAGGCGCUGAAGGCAACACAGCAGGAGAUCCAGGAGAACAGGAGGCGCUUCCAAGGGAAGAACAUUGAACUGGACUGCGCGAAAGGAACGAGAGAGGCCCUGGAAAAACAACGACAUGAGCUGGAGGAGCGUCACUAUUCCGAAAUGAUUAAUUACCAGGACACUGUCAGGCAGCUUGAGAAUGAGCUGACUAAUGCUAAACUAGACAUGUCUGGCCACCUGAGAGAGUACCAGGACCUGCUGAAUGUCAAAAUGGCUUUGGAUGUGGAGAUUCUCUCUUACAGGAAACUCCUGGAGGGUGAGGAGUUCCAUCUGUCCACCAUCUCUGACACCCACAUCUCCAUGCCCUACAUCUACCGCCAGUCCCCUGUCUACACCCUGUCUUCCCUGGCCCGGCAGGGAGGGCCCACACGCAGGUCUGAGCCCCAGUACAAGUUUGUAGAGGAGAUCAUCACUGAGACCACCAGAGAGGUGGAGUCCGAGUUUGAGGAGACAGGCUCUGAGGAGACAGGAGAGGGAGAGAAGGAGGGAGAGGAGAGUGACAAAGCUGAGAGGAGGGGUAAGGAAGAGGAGGAUGAGGAGAAAGUGGAAGAUGUAGGUAAAGUGGAUCUUAAAGUGGAUGCCCCAGAGAAAGAGGGGGAACAGGAGGAAGAGUCUAAGGGCCAGCAGAUAGAAACAUCAGCAGAGGUUGAGGUAAAUGGAGAUGGAGUUAACACUAGCAAGGGAGAAAAUGGAGAGGAAAGAGAUGACAAAGGAGAGGAGGACAUUGACACAGGUGACAAUACACAAAGUGAAGUCAAAUCAGAUAAGGCCACCAGUGAGGAAGAGAAGGAAAAACUGGACACAGAGAUAGACGGUGAGAUAAAAGAUGUGGGGGAGCCAUUAGAAAACGAUAACACCCCAAAACAUGACAAGUCCCUGCCAGAGGUUCCCAUGAAGUGUGACAUUUCCAUAGAACCCAAAACGUCAGAGUCAGAGGAUAUUCAAACAGAAAGUUCAAUAAAGGGUGAACCACAGGUCCCCACAGAGGACAUCUCCAAAGAGCCCAAAAAGGUGUCAGAGGAGAGCAAAAAAGAAAGCCCACCAAAAGAGAAAAAAGAGGUAGAUCUGAAAGAGCAGAGCGCCCUAGCACUGGAGCAGAAGCCUGAUCAGAAGGUGCACAGAGAAUCAGACCAACUUCAAGAGGCAGAGAGUGCUGUGGCAACACAAGAAGAGGAUCUCCCUGAGCCCACAGAGAAGGACAUGACAUCCCAUGAUAUCACUGCUGAGCUGAAAAACAGCUCCACCAAGGAGACAUGGGGACAGGUGAAGUCACCAGAUGAUUCUGGUGUAAAAACUACACAGGAUGACAAAACGGUAGGAGGUAGAAUUUCAGCCAGACUUCCCAGCACAACAACUGAGUGUGAGGAAGAGCCUGUGCCACAGACCCCUGAAAAGGAGGUGGGUCUGACAGAGCCAAAAAUGAGCAGCAAUGAUGAUGGUGUAAAAUCUGUUGAGCAGAAUGAAUCUAAUGGCAGUGAAAAUUUCACAAAUGAUAUCAUAACAGCUGAGGAAAAAGUGAAAGAAUCUGAUACAUCCUCUAAACUAGACACAACUAUCUCCCCUAAAGAGGAAACAACCCCACAACCAGAGCCAACCGUCACCCCCAAAGAAGAAACAUCCCCAAAAAUGGACCCAAUGGUCACCCCCAAGAACGAGACAUCACCUAAACCAGACCCCACAGUCACCCCUAAAGAAGAAACAUCACAAUCAGACCCAACCAUUACCCUUAAAGAAGAACCAUCCCCUAAAUCAGAAUCAGCACUCACCCCUAAAGAAACUUUCCCCAAACCAGCCCCAACUAUCACCCCCAAAGAGACCUCCCCUAAACCAGAAACAACCACCACCCCUAAAGAAGGAACUUCCCCAAAUCCAGAACCAGCAAUCACACCUAAAGAGCCUUCCCCAAAACCAGCCUCAAUCAUCACCCCUAUAGAAAAAACUUCCCAAAAACUAGAGCCAGCAGUCACCCCUAAAGAAGAAUCUACCCCCAAACCAGAAUCAACCAUCACCCCAAAAUAUGAAAUAUCCCCUAAACCAGCCCCAACCGUCACCCCUAAAGAAGAAACAUGCCCAAAACCAGACCCAACCGUCACCCCUAAAGAAGAAACAUGCCCAAAACCAGACCCAACCGUCACCCCUAAAGAAGAAACAUGCCCAAAACCAGACCCAACCGUUACCCCUAAAGAAGAAACAUGCCCAAAACCAGACCCAACCGUCACCCCUAAAGAAGAAACAAGCCCAAAACCAGACCCAACCGUUACCCCUAAAGAAGAAACAUGCCCAAAACCAGACCCAACAGUCACCCCGAAAGAAGAAACAAGCCCAAAACCAGACCCAACCGUCACCCCUAAAGAAGGAACUUCCCCAAAAUCAGCCUCAAACGUCACCACUAAAGAGGAAACCUCCCCUAAACCAGAAUCAACCAUCACCCCAAAAUAUGAAAUAUCCCCUAAACCAGCCCUAACCGUCACCCCCAAAGAAGAAACAUCCCCAAAAAUGGACCCAAUGGUCACCCCCAAGGAUGAGACAUCACCUAAACCAGACCCCACAGUCACCCAUAAAGAAGAAACAUCACAACCAGACCCAACCAUUACCCCUAAAGAAGAACCAUCCCCUAAACCAGAACCAGCAGUCACCCCUAAAGAAACUUUCCCCAAACCAGCCCCAACUAUCACCCCCAAAGAGACCUUCCCUAAACCAGAAACAACCACCACCCCUAAAGAAGAAACUUCCCCCAAACCAGAAUCAACCAUCACUCCAAAAUAUGAAAUAUCCCCUAAAGAAGAAACAUCCCCAAAACCAGAAGUCACCCCUAAAGAAGGAACUUCCCCAAAACCAGAAGUCACCCCUAAAGAAGGAACUUCCCCAAACAUCACCACUAAAGAAGGAACUUCCCCAAAACCAGAAGUCACCCCUAAAGAAGAAACAUCCCCAAAACCAGAAGUCACCCCUAAAGAAGGAACAUCCCCAAAACCAACCCCAAACAUCACCCCUAAAGAAGAAACUUCACCAAAACCAACCCCAAACAUCACCCCUAAAGAAGGAACUUCCCCAAAAUCGGCCUCAAACGUCACCACUAAAGAGGAAACCUCCCCUAAACCAGAAUCAACCAUCACCCCAAAAUAUGAAAUAUCCCCUAAACCAGCCCCAACCAUUACCCCUAAAGAAGAAACAUCCCCUAAACCGGCCCCAACCAUCAAACCUACCGAGAUCACCCCUAAAGAUGAAAUAUCCCCUAUAUCAAACUUAAUCAUUACCCCAGAAUCAACGACCACCCCUACAGAGAGUGAAAUGAUCAGCAGUGGAGGCAAAGCUGAGACUGCCACACCACCAGAGAAACAGGUGUCUUCCGUUGCAAAGAGCAAGGACUCACACAGAGAGGCGCCAGAGAGCAGCACAACUCAGGAGAAACCAGAGGAAAGUACGGAUAAAGAGCCUGAGAAGGUUACGGAUCCAAACGAUGAAACCCCAAAGACAGAGAACGUGAAGACCAAGGCCUCUGAGGAAAAACCUGAACAUGUGGAGAUAUCUAUUACAAAGACAUCGCCAGUGAAAGAACAGGAUGUAUCAACCAUGGGUUUGAAAGAGAAAACUGUUGACGGGAAGACAACAGAAGGGGCACAAUCUAAAAUAGAUGAGAAAGGCUUUACAAGAGGUGAUGAAGACAGCAAAGAUGACAAAACUGCAAAGACACCAACAGGGCAAGCUGCUCAGCCAAUUGCAGAAAAGCAAGCUAAACCUAAAACCUGGGACUUAACCUCUUUUUAG